CGGGACCCACUAAGCGGCGUUCAUGUCGUCCUCAUCUCUCGGGCCUCUCUCUCUCUCUCUCCCUCGCUUACCACUUCAGACGAGCAUAUGCUCAGUGGACCCACUUCCCCUCUCUACAGACUCUACUCAGUGACCGCAAGUCAUCUUGUGCGUGUUUUCCGAAACCAGUCUCUCUCUCUCUCUCUCUCUUUACUAGCCUGUAUCCUCCAUCUUUUUCUAUCUCAUAAUUUAAAUUUGGGAGAGCUUCUGCAGACGCAUAUCUCUCGUCUUCUGGUCUCUGUCUUGUUUCGUUUCUUGAGGUUUCUCGAUUUUCAGUCUUAAUGGCGGGGAACUGUUGAAGGAAGGGAGAAGGUAUGGCUUCUGGUUAUAGAAAUGGAACCACGAAGGGGGCCUUGAAGGUUGACAGACCAUUGUCCAUGAAUUCGAACGUGAAGACCUCUUCUAUAAAAUCCAAGUCCGCACAAUCUCCGUACAAUGCUCCUGCCAUUCGUCGGAGCGGCCAGGCCCCGAUCAGUGGUUCCGCCGGGCCUGUAAAGGAUGACUCCGUAGUUUCUGGAAGAGUUCGAGUGGCAGUGAGACUGAGGCCACGUAAUGCAGAGGAAUUAGUUGCAGAUGCUGAUUUUGCUGAUUGCGUGGAGUUGCAGCCAGAGCUUAAAAGGUUGAAACUUCGCAAAAACAAUUGGGACUCUGACACAUAUGAAUUUGAUGAAGUGCUCACUGAGUUUGCAUCGCAGAAACGGGUCUAUGAAGUCGUGGCAAAACCAGUUGUGGAGAGUGUUCUGGAUGGUUAUAAUGGGACUGUAAUGGCUUAUGGACAAACUGGCACAGGGAAGACUUUCACUCUCGGAAGACUUGGGGAAGAAGAUACAGCAUAUCGUGGCAUUAUGGUGCGCUCAAUGGAGGAUAUUUUGGCAAAUAUAUCUCCAGAAACUGAUUCUGUGUCAGUCUCCUACUUGCAGCUUUAUAUGGAGACAAUUCAAGAUCUCCUUGAUCCUGCAAAUGAUAACAUUUCCAUUGUGGAAGACCCAAAAACUGGAGAUGUUUCGUUACCUGGUGCAACCCUAGUAGAAGUCAGAGACCAACAAAGUUUUGUUGAGUUGCUACGAUUUGGUGAAGCACAUCGAUUUGCUGCAAACACAAAACUGAAUACUGAAUCUUCUCGGAGUCAUGCUAUUCUAAUGGUACAUGUUAAGAGGUCUAUCAAGGGAAGAGAAUCUUCUAUUUUAAGUGAAAACGGGAACACCUCCCACUUGGUCAAAAGUUUUAAGCCAUCACUUGUACGGAAAGGCAAACUAGUUGUUGUGGAUCUUGCAGGUUCAGAGCGUAUUGAUAAAUCUGGCAGUGAAGGGCAUACACUAGAGGAAGCUAAGUCUAUAAAUCUCUCACUGAGUGCAUUAGGUAAGUGCAUAAAUGCUCUCGCAGAGAAUAGUGCUCAUGUGCCAGUGCGUGAUUCAAAGCUUACGAGAUUGCUUCGAGAUUCAUUUGGAGGCACUGCACGAACUUCAUUGGUUGUGACAAUUGGUCCAUCUCCACGCCAUCGAGGAGAGACUGCAAGUACCAUAAUGUUUGGGCAAAGGGCUAUGAAGGUGGAGAAUAUGGUGAAAAUAAAGGAAGAAUUUGAUUAUAAAGGGUUGGCUAGAAGGCUUGACAUACAAUUAGACAAGCUCAUUUCUGAACAUGAAAGGCAACAGAAAGCUUUUGAGGAUGAAAUUGAGAGAAUAACUAUAGAUGCACAACAUCGUAUCUCAGAGGCAGAAAAAAGCUAUGCAGAUGCUCUGGAGAAGGAGAGAUUGAAAUACCAGAGGGACUACAUGGAAUCAAUAAAGAAUCUUGAGGAACAAUGGGCCAUUGAUCAGAAAAAGCACUGUAAUGAUCGAAUUGGAUCUGGACCCAAAGACGGGUGCUUGGAUAAGACAUGCAAUAGAGAGGGGUCUUCGGCAUCUAUUUCUGAGGAAGUUGCUGAGGUGAAGAAGGCCCUUGAGAAUGAAAUUUGUUUAAGGAAGGCUGCUGAGGAGGAGGUCAACAAUCUUAAAAGUCAAUUAGUACAAUGGAAAAGGUCAGAGGCUGCUGGAAAUGCAGAGAUCAUAAAGCUUCGUAAGAUGCUAGAAGAUGAGGCACAUCAAAAAGUAAAACUUGAAGAAGAAAUCACGAUUCUAAGAAGCCAAUUGUUGCAAUUGAGUUUUGAAGCUGAAGAGACGAGGAGGAGUCUUGACAGAGGUGGUUCCGGAAAAUUUUUGAACGGCCUAGGUUCUCUUAUGUCUCAAGUCAGGCAUCCACAUCUCAAAGAUCCAGGGAAUGGACCGAAAGCCUCAAUUGCCAAACUCUUUGAGCAAGUGGGAUUGCAAAAGAUUCUGUCAUUGCUUGAAUCAGAAGAUGCUGAUGUGCGGAUUCAUGCAGUGAAAGUGGUGGCAAAUCUAGCUGCAGAAGAAGCAAAUCAAGAGAAGAUUGUUGAAGCUGGUGGCCUUACUUCCUUGUUGAUGCUUCUUAGAAGCUCAGAGGAUGAGAUGAUAUGCAGAGUAGCAGCAGGAGCAAUUGCUAACCUUGCAAUGAGUGCAGAAACAAACCAAGAACUUAUAAUGGCUCAAGGUGGCAUUAGUUUGUUGUCGAUGACAGCAGCUGAUGCCGAGGAUCCUCAAACUCUCCGAAUGGUCGCUGGAGCCAUUGCAAAUCUCUGUGGCAAUGAUAAGCUACAAACUAAACUGAGAGGUGAAGGUGGUAUUAAGGCUUUGCUAGGAAUGGUGAGAUGCGGACAUCCCGAUGUUCUUGCCCAAGUUGCACGUGGAAUUGCCAACUUUGCAAAAUGCGAGUCUAGAGCAUCGACACAGGGGUCAAAGACUGGGAGGUCAUUCUUGAUUGAUGAUGGAGCGCUUCCUUGGAUUGUACAAAAUGCAAAUAAUGAAGCCUCACCAAUCAGACGCCAUAUUGAGCUUGCUCUGUGUCACCUGGCACAGCAUGAAGUGAAUGCAAAGGACAUGAUUAGUGGUGGUGCUCUAUGGGAGCUUGUUCGUAUUUCCCGAGACUGUUCCCGGGAGGACAUAAGGAAUCUUGCCCAACGGACACUGACCUCCAGCCCUACCUUCCAAGCUGAAAUGCGGCGAUUGCGGAUAGAGUUUUGAAGCUAACUAGUGGUAGGCUCUUCGUGGUAUAUCUUUGUGUAGACUUCUUGUAGUGGUGUGGAGAAGCCAAAGAUGAGUUUUUGAAGCUAACUAGUGGUAGGCUCUGUGGUAUCUCUGUGUAGACUAGUUAUAGUAGCGUGGAGAAGCCAAAGCUGAUUAUAGAUCGCACUGUUGUCGCUUGCACGAGAAGAUUUGAUCUUUUAGGGAUGAAUAAGCGGGCAUUCAGAUAGGUAGGUCCAUUUAAAAUUUUGUUAGAACUUAGAAGGGUGUAGGCCUUUGUAAUCAUAAUUCUAGAUGGGUACGUUUGUAGAGCCCUUUGUCUAUAUUCUUUUCUUGUUUCCGAUGUAUUGUUUUAUUCAAGUGGACCGUUGAAGUAUAGCUUCUUGAGAGAAAUGUUGUAGAAAUCGAUGUAUAUGCAAUGAAAAAAAUGUGUAUUUUUUAUUGCCUCUGUACUAA